AUGAAAUGGCUGGGUAAGCUUUUUAAAAGUGGGUCUAGUCGUGGAGGUGCUCGUGGUGGUGGUGGCGGGGGGCGGGCACAUCCACAGCUUUUAGGGGAAGAAAACAUGGUUUGGAGUGCACCAGCAAGAUCUCUGUGCAACCUGCAAGAGAUUUUAGGUAAUAAUGCUGGUUGGAAUGUGGAGCAACUGUGUGGUUUAUAUCCUACUGAUGACUGUUCUAGAGCUGGGAAGGAGGAGGAGGAAUUAGAUCAUGCUAUUGCACUUUCUAAGGCUGAAGAUUGUAAGAGACCAAGUGGAUAUAGAUGGGGAAUGAAUGAUGAAGAUCUAGCAAGGUCGCUUCAGGAUGACCUUAAUUCAUCUUCAUGUCCUCCAUAUGGUACUACGCAAUAUUAUCCAAGGAGUUAUAGGUUAUGUGGUGGCUGCCAACGUGACAUUGGCUUCGGUAAUUAUUUGGGAUGCAUGGGAAAAUAUUUUCAUCCGGAGUGCUUUCGCUGUUGUUCCUGUGGUUACUCAAUCACUGAGACCGAGUUUUCUUUGUCAGGGAAUGAUCCAUAUCACAAGUCUUGUUUCAAAGAGUUAACUCAUCCCAAAUGUGAAGUCUGCCAUCAAUUUAUCCCUACAAAUCCAGCUGGUUUGAUUGAGUAUAGGUGCCAUCCAUUUUGGUCCCAAAAGUAUUGUCCAUCACAUGAGCAUGACGGCACAGCUAGAUGCUGCAGCUGUGAACGUCUGGAGUCUUGGAACGCAAGAUACUAUUUUUUGGAAGAUGGCCGCAGCUUGUGUCUGGAAUGCAUGGAAUCGGCUAUCAUGGAUACUGGUGAUUGCCAACCCCUUUACCACGCCAUCAGGGACUAUUACGAAGGAAUGAAUAUGAAACUGGAUCAGCAAAUUCCAAUGCUUCUUGUUGAAAGACAGGCACUUAAUGAAGCCAUUGUUGGAGAGAAGAAUGGCUACCACCAUAUGCCUGAGACAAGGGGGCUAUGUCUCUCUGAAGAGCAGACUGUCACUAGUAUACUAAAGAGGCCAAGAAUUGGAGGCCACCGACUGAUAGGAAUGAGAACUGAACCCCGAAAACUGAAUCGGAAAUGUGAAGUUACCGCUAUUCUUGUACUUUAUGGUCUUCCAAGACUGCUAACUGGUGCUAUUCUUGCUCACGAGUUGAUGCAUGGCUGGUUACGCCUCAAAGGGUACCGCAAUCUUAAUCCUGAGGUAGAGGAAGGUAUCUGUCAAAUGCUCUCACACAUGUGGCUCGAAUCGGAAUUGCCAGGAUCUAAAGGCAUGCCAUCCACAUCCACAUCAACCCCUUCCUCUUCCUCUUCCUCGUCCUCUUCAAAGAAAGGCGGGAAGUCCCAUGUUGAAAAUAAACUGGGUGAAUUCUUCAUGCAUCAAAUCGCCCACGAUGCUUCUCCAGCUUAUGGGGAAGGAUUCAGGGCUGCGAGUGCUGCUGUCAGCAAGUAUGGUUUACGUCGCACCCUGGACCACAUACGCCUUACUGGCAGUUUCCCAUUAUAA